AGGUACAUGGUGUGACAUAAGACAGUAUGAUGAGGGAACGGUAUUUUCUAACCCUGCUACUAGUAGCAUGUGUUUCCUUACUUGUUAUCACUGCAUUACGUUGGAGGCCUUGUACAGGACAAAGCAUACUCAUCCCCGUAAAUAACGUAGCAAAUUCAAGGUCUGUAUAUAUCCGUCUGUAUUACUGUAUAAGUAAAAUAUACUGAUAUUUUAAGUAAAAUGUGCCGUACAUUGGCAUAUAGCAUUAGUAUUUAUACAUCAGAACUUGUGGUUAGAGCUCGACAACUGUCUCUCUGUAGCUCAGUUGGUUAGAGCGAUUCCUGUCAGAAGACCUAGUGUUGCAUUUUUUUGUAAUCGUUACUGGUUGGGUAUAAAAAGUGUAUAUAAUAUAUGUCGUCACUUGGAUAAUCCAUGGCCAUCUAUAUCCAAUCUUCAGUUUCAACCGUAUGAAGUGCGGGAAAAAUUUAAUGUGUUGUAUUAUAGCUUUUCCUUAGUUUGUGAAAUACCGAAACAUUCUUUCUUAAUCAUGCACGUAGAACAAAGACUGAGGAAUUACUUGUCGCCAAGUUAAAAGAACUUUCCGACGAUUUACUCGAGACCCAAAGAAGUGUGGUAUCUUCGGCAUACAGCUACACCAGACUCGCUAAACAUUUAGACAAGACUUUUGAAAUGUUGAAAAUACUAAACCAAGAAUUUCCCGGGCAAAACGACUCUACCACAACAUCUAAAAAGGACGAUACAGAAAUAAUCAAAGCGGAGGUUUGUCCCGAGAAAUUUAUGGGAAAGCGAUUGGAUUACGGUCAUCCGUUUUUCAGAAAAGGAUUUGACCCCGUUCCUUGCAAGAAUUUUAUUCCGAUAGAACAACUUGUAACCGUGUUAAUAAUGAUGCCUGAAGAGUUACCGAAACCAGCUCAAACCUAUCUCGAAGUGAUGCAAGGAGUAGCAAAAUAUUUUCCCAAAAUCCGCGUUAUUCUUGCCACAGAAAAGGAGAUCCCAUCAUCCGUGAAAGAUUCCAUUUCGAAAUUGGAUAUUACUUUUGAAAAUGACAUUAUCGCUGAUGCUAAACCAAGUGUACUGUGGCAAAGGCUAGUUGAAAAAGUGUCGAGCCGUUACGUAUUAUUGGCACCAAAUCUUACUCAUUUUGAUGACGAUAUCAGUUUAGAGCGUAUGGUUCGCGUCCUAAGCUACGAACCGCUUGUAGCGUUCGUCGGCGGAGCUCAUCGGAAUCUCGCGGGACAUUGGGAUAUCGGUUGUGAACAGGCGUCGUACAAGAACCUCACAGCCACAUACAUGGGGGGAUACUAUAGGUCGUUCAAUGAAUGUUUGGUGUGUGAUUUUCUCUCGGGACCCAUCAUGACCAAGACGGAGAUGUUGAAGAAGUUGAAAAUUGAUACCAGGUAAGGUAUCGGGUCGUUUCGUACGCACGUACAAGCGCACAAGUUGUUACAGGUCUGCAACAAGCUGUCGACAAGUUGUGUUCGCACUGCACAAAUUUGGAACAAGCUUGUUAGCAACUUGUAACAAACUUGGUGGCAGUUAUCAGACUUGUUACAAGGUUGUUCUAACAAGUCUGAUACAGUCAUGAUAUAACAAGAAUGUUACAAGGUCGACGACACAAGGUCGUAACAAUAUUGUUACAUCAUGACUGUAUCGGACAUGUUGGGACAACUUUGUGAAAAGUCUGAUAAUGCCAUCAAGCUGGUUACGAGUUGUUAACAGCUUGUUCCAAACUUGUUGACAGCUUGCGACAAGCAGUGCGAACACAACUUGUUGGCAGACCUGUUACAAGAUGUAAGAUGUUUGCGCGUGUACUUGACUGCCUUGUCUUUUCUUUCACAAAAUCUGGUCGUUUUGUAUCAACGAGGAGAGUUGCUGAGAGUUGACAAGCAAGAGUUUUGCAAGAGAGUUUUCUCAACCCUCAUUCCCCAGUCAAACGAGAACAAGAGUUACACGAGAGUUGAGUCAGUUGUUUGAAUAUUACUACCGAAUACAUUUUAUGUUUUUUUAGUCUAGGGGAAGGUGUUUUUCGAGAUCUAUUUUGGCGCUUGAAGAAAGAUAUGCCGGAGAAAAUCACGGCAUCGUGUCCCGAUGUUAUGUUCAAUACCAACCCUCGUGAGGUGGAAGACAUAGAAUACGUUUUAUUCGCGAAUAAACAUAUGAUCCAUAGGAUCGUCGAGGCUAGCGGUCGAGUGCGCUGGUAUGGAUGUCGUCAUGGUCUGUCAUACACCACACCUGAGCUGUGCAAGAGAGGUAAGGGCGUGGGACUCUCUCCCGCUGAAAUGGAAAACCUGGUGGAUGUGAUAAAAUUCUUCCUCCGUGCUUGUGAAGACGCCGGAGCAUUUUGUGAGCUGUAUUCUGGAACAUUGAUAGGUACGUUAAUCGGCAUGCGGUUGUUGUAUAGUGUACUUUUGUUGUCAUGGUGAUACGAAAUACAUUUACUGACUACUGCAAAGUCUUGCUUGACUACAGGAGUCUACUGUAUUUGAAUUGUAAUUGUUGAUCGCAGUUUGCUUAUCAUCAUGUUAUUACUCAAAUUACUGUAUUUCAUUUUGUCUCUAAUAUUUUUUGCUUUAUCAUGAAAAAUAGCACCCCCCCCCCUCCUGUACCCCUCUGGCCAGGGCUAGGGGGUGCAGGCAAGGGGGGUGCGCCCGCAGCCCCUCCCAAGUAAAUCCAUCCCUGUUGUCGGGAAGUUAGUGAAGAUUAACGCUCGAAGUUCUCCUUGUAUUUUUCAUGUAGUUGCAUCCAUCCGAAGCUUUCAUAAUGAAAAAUACUUUGUGUCGUUUAUCCGUACAGGUGCAGUGAAAUUUAAUGGCAUCCUACCUUGGGAUAUAGAUGGCGACGUCUCGUUUGUGUCCGCAGACUUCACAGUCAUCGAAAAACUAAAAGAGAAAGUUAAAAAUGCAGGUUAUUCUCUGGAUGUUGGUUAUGGCACCAAAAUUGACAAGGGUCAGGUUGUUAGUGGCUACUUCAAGUUGUAUACAACUAAUUGGAAGGUGGAUGUUUGGGGUUAUGUCGCCCUCACCAGCCAAAUCGAUGUCGCCAAUGGCAGAGUGCGCACUAAGGUUCUGCUUGCAGGUGAGCUUCGUCUUAGGACGUUCUACAUUCUUAAAAAACUCAUUAAUAAUUCAGGAGGAAAACACAAAGAAAUUUCAUAAGCGUGUCGUAUCUUUAUAUGUGAUAAAAAAUCAUGUUAAUUUACAUAAACUUUAGCUUUGAUUUUUUCGGUUUAGACAAAGUUUAUUUUAAAAAUUACUUCGCCAAUGAACUCAUAUAAGAUGAGUCGUUUUUUAAGCCAUUUAAAGCACUUGUUUAGUCGUGUUUUAUCAGAUAUAAAACGCUCGGCUGCGCCUCGCGUUUUAUACCUGAUAAAACACUCCCACUCGUGUUUUAAAUAGUACUUAAAACACCAUGGUUAAAAAAUUCCGUGGUUAAAAAUCUAAAAUGAACCCUGUUCGGGGUAUCUUAAUAUUCCUGGUUCCCUUCUUCGGUUAACCUCAGCCCAGGUUACCUUGAUCACUGUUGUCGCGAAUUUAACCAGCAUCCCUGGUUAGUUUACCCAGGCUAUACGGUUGGAUUAACCAGGUUAUGAUAAGUGGAUUAUUAACCUACUGGGCCAGUUGUUCAAAGGUGGGUUAGCGCUAACCCUGGGUUAAAAUUUAACCUGCUGUUUUCGCUUGUGUAUUUCUACACGUCUGUUUAUUUCAAAACUUCAGAGAAGUAAACUCCUAUCGACCCAGUUACGAUUUCUGAAGAAAUAUUUCCAAAUUUAUAGACUAAUUUAUGUUGGGAAGUGUGCUUUGAAUUUUAGGUUAACCUAGGGUUAAGCUAACCCAGCUUUGAACAACCCGGUCCAGGAAUUUUUGGUUAAUUUAUUACGAAAUGUAUGGUUGUCAGAGCCGGCGCUCUUCACCUCUGAGAUUGUGGGUUCGAUCCGCACGUCGCACCAAUGACUUUUAUGUGAAAGAAGUCAGUCAACGCUCUACCGAAAGUCGUGGGUUUUCUCUGGGUGCCCUAGUUUCCUCCCGCAGGGAAUGUUGACAGGGUGGGCUGGGUUUAACCCCUAGGCUGGAUUUAACCCCUAACUAACCCACCGUAGCUUCCGUGAUCAGCCAUGAGUCAUAAGGUGGCUACUAGAGGCGCCCUUAGAAAGCCUUCGUCUCGAUCAGGUUGAGCUGCGUCCUUCGACAUUCAGCUUAGCUGUAAGCUGCAAGCAUAGUCACAGAGGAUGCAAAGCACACCUCCACUUGCUGCUUACUUUCGAAGGAGAAAUCAUUAUUGUUAUUUUUAUCAUCAGGUCAAUGGGUGAACGUUCCACAUAACCCUGGGAUGGUCGUACGAAAUCGUUACGGAGCUGGUACAUACAAACACCAGGAACACUGGCGCAGACACGGCCGUGGUUCGUCAUGGAUGUUUUAUGAUCCAGGAUGGUUUUUAAAAUGUCCCUACCCGGGUCAUUCCUCAUGUCUGGAUCAAUAUCCUGCCGAUGGGAAUAUGCAGUUCAGCGACUAUUGUCCAACAUGACAAGGAAUUUCGUGGCUGUUUCCAUGAUCCCGGUUUCAGCCCGGACGGAAUGGCGGGAUGAUUUUUUGAUGGCUUGAAAUAAAUCACUUCACGAAAGUUGAAAAGCCGGUUAAAAGAACUCAAAUGUUGUUUGGAACAAGCUGUUAACAACUUGUAAGAACCUUGUUGAUAUUGCAAGGUUGUUCCAACAAGUCCGAUACAGUCACGAUAUAACAAUAUUGUUACAACCUUGUGUCGUCAACCUUGUAACAUUCUUGUUAUAUCAUGACUGUAUCAAACUUGUUAGAGUAAUCUUGUAACAAGUCUGAUAAUGUCAUCAAGCUUGCAUGUUACAAGUUGUUAACGGCUUGUUCUAAACUUGUUACGACAACUGGGAACAAGCAGUGCGAACACAACUUGUUGACGGCCUGCAUGUAAACAUAUUUGUAAUGACUUGUUUGCAGACCUGCAACAACUUGUGUGUUGUUGCGUGUGUAAUUACCAAAAGGGUGUAUUCGUAUGGUUGCAUGCUUAUUUGAUGCCCAACGUAUUAAGUCCCGUUUACACUAUACGCUCAAUUUUUGGUACGGCACGGAUAAAAUUGGUACCCGUACCACUUUUUUGGUUCUUGGACUACCUAUUUAGGUAGUCCAAGAACCAAAAAGUGGUGCGGUACCAAAAAUUGAGCGUAGUGUAAACGGGGCUUAAAUCGUGCAAAUCUAAGUUGUUAGAUAAUUUAUUCAUUGUUGUAAUUUCGACUGGCUGCAUCUGUAUACAUUUUCUCUC